AUGCAAAAACAAUUAUCAUGCUUUACAAAUUUACAAGUUGCUAGUUUCUUUGGAGGAAUCAAUACAAAGAUAAUUGAUGGAACAAUUAUAGCAAAAAAUAUAAGAGAUCUAUUAGCCAAAGAAAUCAAAGAAAGGUCCAGAAUGACCUCAACAAUAAUAUCACCACAUCUUGUCAUCAUACAAGUUGGUAAUAGAGAGGAUUCUAAUCUUUAUGUUCGACAAAAACAAAAAGCUGCACAAGAAGUUGGAAUCAAGUAUACAUUAUGUAAAAAGGAUGAAAAUAUUACAGAAAAUGAGUUAUUGAAAAUAAUAAGUGAAUAUAAUAAUAAUUCAUCGAUUCAUGGAAUCUUAGUACAACUUCCUUUACCAAAUCAUAUUGAUCAAAAAACUAUUACUGAAUCUGUUGAUCCAAAUAAAGAUGUUGAUGGAUUUCAUACUUAUAAUAUUGGAAGUUUGGCAAAAAGAAGUAAUCAACCUUUAUUUUUACCAUGUACAACAAAAGCAAUCAUUGAAUUGUUAAAUCAAGCUGAAAUUGAAAUUAGAGGUAAACAAGCAAUUGUAAUUGGGCGUAGUGAUGUAGUUGGAAUUCCAACAUUUUUAUCACUAUCUCAUCUAGAUGCUACAGUUACUUUGUGUCAUUCCAAAACUGAAAAUUUAAAUGAAAUUGUUAAAACUGGAGAUAUUAUUGUUGUGGCAAUUGGAAAGCCGAAAUUUAUAAAAGGUGAUUGGAUAAAACCUGGUGCAAUAAUAAUUGAUGUUGGAACAAAUCCUAUCAAAGAUCCUAGUAAAAAAUAUGGUGUAAGAUGGGUAGGAGAUGUAGAUUUUGUUGGUGCAUCAAAAGUAGCAUCUUAUAUAACUCCAGUUCCUGGUGGCGUAGGACCAAUGACUGUUGCAAUGUUAUUACGAAACACAUUUGAAAGUGCAAAAAAAGAUUUUCUAAAAAAUAAAAUAAAAUAA